CACUUAUUAUAGUGGAACUUACGGGAUAGGUUUUCACAGUGAACCAAUAAAAUGCAUAUAACUAAAACAAAAUGUGGACUUCUGCUUGGACUGUUAAUUGGAUGUAUGUGUACAUAUUUUGUUUUGAAUGCAAGGUCAUCAAUACAAAUGAACAGCAAUUCCUGGAUGGCUAACUUAAAAAGAUUUACCAUACAGCAUAAACAAAUUGAUGAAUCAGAAAAUGCUAACAAGACAGAAGAAUCUGUGAAAGAUUCUACAGAUAAAAUGAAACUCAAAACAAAGCAAGAUCCUAUCGAUAUAUUGCCAUUUACCAUAUAUGAGAAAGCAAAUCAGAAUAUAGUGAUAUACAACAGAAUGCCUAAAUGUGGUUCUUCAACAAUGAUGACCUUCCUGAAGAAACUCAGUUAUGGCAAGUUUAAAAUGAUGCAUUCAUAUAUAUAUGAUCAGAAACAACUUAAUGACACCAAUGACAUCCUUAAUUUUGUGGAAUCUUUUAGGGAUUGUGAGUCAAGAAAAUGUGUGACGGACCGCCAUAUUCAUUUCGUAAAUUUCGAGAACUUUGGAUUGAAACAGCCAAUUUACUUCAACAUUAUCAGAGAACCUUUUGAGAAUGUGUUAUCAGCAUAUUACUUUGCAUAUGGAAAAAGAAAGCCAAUGAUUAAACGAGCUGAAUAUUACAAAAGCCAUAACAAUCCAACCUUUGAAGAAUGCAUUAGAAUAAACAUAAACAUUAUUCAAGAUGUAGAUGAUUGGUGUUUUAUUGGUCCAAUCGCCAAACGAUAUGUUGUAUGGUUCUGUGGCCAUGAAGCAAUCUGUUCUACCAAUAUGACAUAUGGACUUCAAAAGGCCAAACACAACAUUGAUAAGUAUCACAUGCUAGUUGGACUUACUGAGGAAUAUGCAUUUACACUGAAGGCAAUGGAGCGAAUACUACCAUCCUUCUUUGAAGGAAUUGGACAUUUCAAUGCUUCAACAAGAGUGAACCAAAUAGCCGAGUCAAAAAAGAAAAGGCCAUCAUCAAAGAUGAUAAUUGAAUAUGUGAAGAUGAGGUUAAAAGAAAAUUAUGAAAUAUACUACUAUGUGAAGCAAAAGUUUCAUGCAACUUUGAAAAAGUUAAAUGUGAGCUGAAUAUGAGAAAGCCGAGUCAUACUAUCCAUAAAUUAGUAGUAUCAUUAAUAGUUACACCACAAAUAGUUUAUCAUGAACACCUAUGCCAUUUAUUACUAGAAAUUGGCAACUCUAAGGAGUAGUAAAUCCCAACGAACGUUAUGAAUCUGUAUAUACCAUCUACUCU